AUGGUGUCGCCGACGACGACCCCGAGGGGGUUCACCGCGGCGCUGCGCUCGGCGCAUCGUCGACGGCGCGUCGUCGCGGCGUCGCGGGCAUCGCGCGCGGGGCAUCGCGCGCGGGGGAACGAGCGUGGAAGUGGGACGACGCGGCGAGAGCCGUGGGCGCGCGACGCCUCGGGAGGUGGGGCGAACGUGGACGUGGGGCGAACGAGACGGCGUGGGGCGCGCGUGAGCGCGCGGGCGAGCGCGGAGGACGAUGGGGUGGACUGGAGCGAGGAGAUUGACGGCGACGGGGAAUUCGUGGUGGAGGCGUUCGACUCCGCGGUCGAACUCGCGGAGGCGCUGUGUUUGGAGGUGGAGGAGAACGCCCGAGGGUGUCUCGAGGAGCGAGGGACGUUUUACAUGGCGAUCCCGGGAGGGAGCGUGGCGAAGGCGCUGAAGGGGUUGGCGGAGGUGAAGGACCUGGACUGGGCCAACGUGCACGUCUUCUUCGUCAACGAACGGCCGAUGGAGCAAAAGUGCGCCAAGCUCGCGGAAGAGACGUGGACCAAGGCGUGUGGAAUUCCCGAUGAGAACGUGCAUCGCGUGAUCGAGACCGAGGACAUGGGGACGGCGGCGCAAAACUACGAGGAGCAAAUGCGCGCGCUCGACGGCUUGCCCAUCGACGAGGAGAACGGACUUCCGGUGUUCGACUUGAUCCUCCUCGGCAUGGGCGCCGACGGGCACGUCGGAAGCAUUUAUCCCAACUCUGCCGCCGCGCUCGACGAGAGCGGAUCCGCGGUGCUCCCGGUGGACAUGCCGGGGAAGCAAACGGUGACCAUGAGCAUGCCGCUCAUCAACACCGCCGACCGCGUCGUACUCGCAGCCACGGGCGAGGAGAAGGCCGAGACUGUUCGCGCGUCGCUCGAAGAUGAACUCGAGUGGGGUGAGAUUCCGGGCUCGAUGGUGGACGCGUUCUCGACUAUUUGGUUUUUAGACUUGGGCGCAGCUUCAAAGCUGUCCGCGUACGAGAACAUGGACCUCGACGAAGAUUCCGAUUGA